GGUGAGUUUGGGAUCCACAGCCCUCAGAAGACCUUCACCCCUUAGGAACAGAGACCAAACUGAAUUCAUGACCUGUGGAAUGAUUCCAUGCCUGCUAAAAACUUGAGGGGCGAGGAACAGACUCAUAAAUUAUUAGUGGCCUUUGUUUAUGUUUCAAAGUAACUGGUGGUUUUCUUUAUGCUAAGUCUUUGUACCUGGCACUCCCAGGUACUUUUUUAAGGUAGGUUAGAUGUAGUUAAAAAUGACAGUAAACCCACCAGCAAGCAAAAAUAAUCUUAGAAGAGAAAGUGAGAGGAGGCCAUUGAAACCUGGUCUGAGGUUUGAAGAAGAUGGAGAAGAGUCAUAUUUAUUGAGAAUCUGCUCUGUGCCAGGUACUAGAUGCUCCUCCACUUACCAUGGGGUUACCUCCCAUUAAAACUAUUGAGAUAGAAAUCAAGGUGGAAGUAUCGGAGUACCUGGGGCCGCUGCUGUUUGUGAAACUGCGCAAAUGGCACCUCCUUCAGGACGACGCCUGGUUCUGCAGCUGGAUCUCCGUGCAGGGCCCCGGAGCCGGGGACGAGGUCAGGUUCCCUUGUUACCGCUGGGUGGAGGGCGGCGGCGUCCUGAGCCUGCCCGAAGGCACCGAGCGCGUGUGGGACUCCUGGAAGGAAGAUGCCUUAUUUGGGUACCAGUUUCUUAAUGGCGCCAACCCCAUGGUGCUGAGACGCUCUGUUCACCUUCCUGCCUACCUCGUGUUUCCUCCAGGCAUGGAGGAACUGCAGGCCCAGCUGGAGAAGAAGCUGGAGGGAGGCACCCUGUUUGAAGCUGACUUCUCCCUGCUGGAUGGGAUCAAGGCCAACGUCAUUCUCUGUAGCCAGCAGUACCUGGCUGCCCCUCUGGUCAUGCUGAAACUGCAGCCUGAUGGGAAACUCUUGCCCAUGGUCAUCCAGCUCCAACUGCCCAGCACAGGAUCCCCACAACCUCCCCUUUUCUUGCCCACGGAUCCUCCAGUGGACUGGCUUCUGGCCAAAUGCUGGGUCCUCAGCUCUGACUUCCAGCUCCAUGAACUGCAGUCUCAUCUUCUGAGGGGAUGCUUGAUGGCUGAGGUUAUUGCUGUGGCCACCGUGAGGUGCCUGCCAUCCAUACAUCCUAUCUUCAAGGCACCUAGAGGAGGUUCUCCUGGAUAUCUUCACAGGCAUCCUGCAUACCUGUUAAACUCAGAAGUCUGUCCAUCCCAGAAUUGAGUUCUCACUCCUGGUUCCAGCGGGACAUCGCUGUUAAAAACAGUCUGGCACCUCCCCUUUCUCUUGCUCCUUUGCUCUCUCCCUGUGAUGCCUGCUCCCCUUCGCCUUCCACCAUGAGUAGAAGCCCCCUGAAGCCCUCGCCAGAAGCAGAGGAUGGUGCUAUGCUUCUUGUACAGCCUGUAGAACU